AUGAGGACCGCCGGAACUUCAACCUCACGGGGCCCUGCUCCCGCCGCUGUCGCUCCACCCACGGCCGCCAGACACGACGAGCGCGACUCCAUAAUGGUCUUUGACAUGGCGACCGACUCGUGCAUAGUCACGAUCCCCAACAUCUGGAGGGCCCAGGCAGUGGGCGAGUACGUGUGCAGCGAGGUGUUUGCCGCCGGUGGCUACGACUGGGCCAUCUGCUUCUACCCUGGCGGCAUGAACCCGGAGGACAGCGACUACUCGUCGGCGUUCGUCGCGCUGAUGACUGAGGCCUCAGACGCAAGGGCAUGCUUCAUGCUCAAGCUGGAGGACCAGGGGGCGCAAGAAAACCACCAUCCGUACGGGAAACUGUGCGGGCCGUACACGCUCAUGAAGGGAUACAUGUGGGGAUUCCAUCGGUUCUUGAAGAGAGACCAUCUCCGUGCAUCGCGCUGCAUCAAGGACGACUGCCUCAUCCUGCACUGCACCGUCGGAUUCGUGAAGGCCCCACUUCGGAGGCGGAGACACUACAGAGUUGUCGUUCCGCCGUCGGACAUAGGUCAGGGUUUGAAAGCCCUGUUGGACUCCAGCUUGGGUACCGACAUAGAUUUCGUGGUCGGCGACCAAAUUUUUAAAGCCCACAAAGUGAUUCUCGCCGCUCGGUCGUCGGUAUUCAGAGCCCAGUUUUUCGGUCCUAUCAGCGGCGGUGACAUCAAGAAACUCGUCGUGGAGGGCGUGGAUCCUUCCAUUUUCAAGGCAAUGUUGGAAUACAUCUACACCGACCAGUUUCCCGAUAUAGGCAAGAUCGCGGGAUCGACCUCUCAUCCUGCAUCCACCAAUGUAGUGAUGCAUUUAACGGCAGCCGCUGACUAUUACUGUCUCGAUCGACUAAGAUUGCUAUGCGAGUCAAAGUUGAGCAAGCAUAUCACCGUCGACACGGUGGUGAAUAUAAUCGCGCUGGCUGACCGGUACCAGCUCCACAAGCUGAAGGGAGCAUGCUUGGAAUUUGCGACAAAUCCGGCAAACUUGAGAGCGUUGAUCGAGUCGGAAGGCCUCAUGCAUCUGGAGAGGACCUGCCCUUCCGUGUUGAUGCAUCUGGUCUUGGCUGGCAGGAGGAUGCAGUGCAGUUCUGGAAGGCUUCGAAUCUUUCACGAGUAG